AUGUCCUCCAUGAGCAAGAGGCAGCAGGCGCGCAAUGAGCGGGAGCUCCAUGACCUGCUCAGCGCUCCAGGAAAUUCCCAAUGCGCCGACUGCAGUGCAAAGAAUCCUUCGUGGGCCAGUUGGAAUUUGGGAAUCUUCCUCUGCAUGCGCUGUGCUUCAAUCCACCGCAAACUGGGCACUCAUAUAUCCAAAGUCAAGUCACUGAGUAUGGACACAUGGACAGCGGACCAGGUUGAGAAUAUGAAACAGAUUGGGAAUACCUCGUCGAACCAGAUUUACAAUCCCAAGAACAAAAAAGCCGACAUGCCUCUUGAUGCUGAUGAGGUGGAUUCGGCCAUGGAGAGAUUCAUCCGCAAGAAAUAUCAGGAAAAGAGUCUGCUGGAUGGCCGACCGGCAGUUCCCAGUCGAGACAGUGCACCACAGUCAACUUAUUCAAGACCGCAGGCAGAAUCUCCUCCUCCGCCUUUACCACCUAAGAAGGGUAAAUUCUUCGGCUUUGGCCUCCGAGCAUCAUCGUCUUCUCUGCCGCUCACCAAACAUGAUAAGAAGAAGUUACCAAAGGAGCCGCGCGUGGAUAGUACAUUUCAUAUCCCCAAUGACGAUUAUACCUCAAUGUCAAGAAUGGCAGACGCACGCUUCGAUAUGAACGAGGCCGAGUUACAGCAGAAAUUGGCCACCCUGCGAGACAUGGGCUUUACAGAGACUGAGCGAAACGCUGACCUAUUGAGAAGACUGAAUGGUAAUGUUGAGCGAACCAUUGAACGACUUGUUCAACUCGGCCCAAGCAAGGAUGCUAGAUCUGCACCAAGAAAAGAUCAGUCCUCUUCUGCUGUUCUGGGUCAAAAGCCAUCAACUACUUUUCCUGACGCUCCUGUCCAACAGCCCUCGGAGCCGCCAUAUAACCCAUUCACGCAGAUGACCAAUCAACCACCUAUUGGCCUGUCCAUGGCCAAGCCGCAAGAAGCCUCGUCACCAAGCAUCCAACCCUAUGCUAGUAACAAUCCUUUUGGACAUGCGGUUCAGCCUCAAGUUCAAACCCAAUUGCAGCCACAGCCUCAAACUGGGUUGGAGCAAUCUCUCCAGUCAAUGCAACUUGCCCAGCCUUUGUUUCCUCACAGUACCGGCGGCUAUCCAACUCAGCCUCCUGUCCUGCAGGAUCCACGUUUCCAGUACUCGAUGACCCCUCCGGCUCUACCUACACAGCACCAGCAAAAUUAUGUGGCCUCUCCCUCCGCGUUGACAGCAAACAAUCCUUUCUUUCAGCCAUCACCAGCUUCUGCGCAUUCCACUGGGAGUAAUCCAUUUCAUAAUCAACCGACUCAAAACCCAGCCGCUGCAGGCCCUUCAUCACCGUCAUUGAACCCAUUCCUCGGCCUCCAGACAGCCCCGUCCAAUUUCAACCAGCAACAGAAUUCCGGCACCGCCGGCUUCAAUCCAUUCGGAAUUCCACCCCAGCGGUCCCCCCUACAGACUUCACAACAGCCUCAGACUCAAAUUCAGUCCCACGAUAUUUUUGGAGCAAUUCCGUCGCCGCAAAUCAUGCAACCAUCUCAACCCCUUAACCCUUUCCAGACACAGCCAGCUCAACAACCUACCCUGGCUCAGCAGCAAUAUGCCAACGCUCAAAAUGCUCAAAGCUAUCCCAAUCUCCAAUAUGGACAGACCCAAUCUCAGCUACAGCCCGAGCUUCAAAAUCAAUCGUCCUUCCAACAACAGGCAUCGCCCUUCCAACAGCAGCUUAAUCAGCAUCCGCAGCUUCAGUCACAGCAAAUGUCUUUCCAACAAUCUUUUGGUCAAAAGCCACAGUCUCUUGCUUCUCAACAAACCGGACGAUAUGACAAAACUUCAAUCAUGGCUCUAUUUAACCAGCCACUUGCUUCAAUCCCCGAACCUGCUCCUGAAAAUGCACCCUCUCAACAAUUUUAUUCUCCUCGGCAGCAACAAAUAUCCCCAGCACCUAUGGGUGACAUUUUUGGGACGUCAAAUAACAUGGAUACAGCUAAACGGAGCGCUACAAUGCCCAUAUCACUUCAAAGUAUGCAUUCAGCAGGAGGUGGUGGGAAUCGUAAUCCCUUCUUGAUGAACAAUACGAGUCCCACUGCCAGUGCGGGUAAUACACCAGCAUUUUACGCGGGUAAUUUCGCUCCUGCGCCUCAAGGACAAACUAUUGCAGCUCGACAUACUAGCGCGGAGAGCAUGAGCAUCAGCAAUCUCGAAAGUGGCCGCUAUAGUCCUGAUGCUUUUGCUAAUUUAAGUGCAAGGCAGAUGAGAUGA